AAUUAUUAAAAACUUUCCAAUGCUGUCAGACAGACGAGAGAAGGAAAGAUACUAGUGGUAAUAUAGUACUUCAAUAAAAAAUGUUUUAAGACUUAUCACAGGUUCUUUGUAUAGCUUUGGAAAUAUAUUUUACUUGGCAAAUAACUUUGGAAAGCCCUGCAGAAAAGUUUAUGAUUCAAAAGUUUAGCCAAUAUAAAUUCAUGCUUUUAUGUAAUUAAAUUUUAUCAAAUUGGACCGCAAUCUUUCUAGAUUAGCUCGACUGGCUUCCUUAUUUCACAAUUUGUCGCAGGCUAUUCAAAUUUCACAGUUUUGCUCAAUUUACGUAGUCGGUUUUAAUUAAAGCUUAUCCAAACCAGGUGCCUUAACCCCCUCCUCAUGCCUGUACAAAUUAAUUCAUCGGUCAGGACGGUCAAUAAACACGAUCCCUCUAAUGGAUCUCUACACAGUGUCUCUGUUUCUGAAUCUGAUUCCGUUUCUGCCUCUGGCAUCUGCAUCUCACUUAGCACCUUUUAUUAGUGCCAAUUACGACUAAUUUCACGAUGCGUUUUGAGCUAUUUCUGACGAGAUUACAGCCACAGACUGCCCCAAACUAGAUAUUCAACCGCACAGAAUUUGUGGCGUGGGCCUGGCAUUGAACCUGAGUAGCUGGCGGCAGUCUGAGUUUGCAAGUAUCAAGGCGUGUGAGUAUCUCGAUUGCGGUUAGUUAAGCGCGCCAUCUCAAAGUGCACAGUUCUGCGAAAUGACAAAGCUAGAGAUUUCCAACAAGUCGGCAAAGUCGGAAAAGUCGGAAAAGCCGGCGGAGCAGUGGGGCAACGGCCUGGAGUUCCUCUUUUCGUGCAUCUCCUUGUCCGUGGGCUUGGGCAAUAUCUGGCGCUUUCCGUACAUUGCCUUCCAGAAUGGCGGCGGUACGUUUGUGAUUCCGUAUCUGAUUGCCCUGCUGGUAAUUGGACGUCCUGUCUACUAUCUGGAGAUUUCCCUGGGCCAAUUCACGGGUCGCGGCGUGGUCAAGGCCUUCGACAUGGCUCCCCUGCUCAAGGGCGUGGCGGUGGGCCAGGUCCUGGCCACAGGCGCCUCCAUUACGUACUACUCCAGUAUCAUGGCCUUGACUCUGAGAUUUCUGGUGGCCUCUUUUGGGUCUGAGUUACCGUGGAGUCGCUGCUGGGAAAGCUGGGGCAGUGAUUGCCAUGACGGAAGUGCUGUGAAUAGCAGCGGAAAGAUGUCGCCAGCCCAGCUGUACUUUGAACGCGAAAUCCUCCAUGAGGUGCCCAACAUUGACAAUGGAGUGGGAGUCCCAAAUUGGCAGUUGGUCGCCUGUUUGGCCGUGGCUUGGCUAGUAAUCGGUGGAGUCCUUAUUCGCGGCAUCAAGAGCAGUGGCAAGGCGGCCUAUUUUCUGGGCGUAUUUCCCUAUGUGGUGCUGCUUAUCCUGUUGCUAAGAGCCGUGACCCUUCCAGGAGCCAUCGAUGGCAUCAUAUACUUCUUCAAGCCGCAGUGGCGCGAGCUGCUGAACCCACUCGUCUGGUAUGCUGCCGUAACACAGGUCUUUUUCUCCCUGGCCAUCUGUUUUGGCACUUUGAUCACCUAUGCCAGCUACAACAACUUUAAUCGAAAUGUAUACAACGACAUUGUAAUCAUCACCACCAUGGACUCCUGCUCGUCCAUUAUCGCGGGCUGCAUCACCUUCGGGAUUCUGGGGAAUCUGGCCCGCGAGACUGGGGUCGCGGACAUCGGCAGCGUGGUGAAGGGCGGCGCCGGAUUGGCCUUCAUCUCGUACCCGGAGGCCAUUGCCAGGUUCGAGUAUGUGCCACAGAUGUUCGCGGUCCUUUUCUUCCUCAUGCUCUUCGUCCUAGGCAUUGGCAGCACGGUGGGCAUGGGCUCCUGCAUCCUGCGUGUCGUUAGGGAUCAGCUCGGACUGCGCUCGCCGCCCAUUUGGAAACUGGCCACUGGUCUGGCCGUAAUGGGCUUUUCGGUGAGCAUUGUUUACAUGACCCCGGGCGGUCAGUUUGUCCUGAACCUAGUGGAUUUCUACGGAGUCUCCUUCACCGCCCUAAUCCUGGCCAUUGGCGAGUUGGUGGCAGUUGCUUGGAUUUAUGGUGUUAAUCGCUUUUGCGCGGACAUCAAGUUCAUGAUGGGCAUUGAAACCGGUUGGUAUUGGCGUCUGUGCUGGCGUUUCAUCACGCCUGGUUUGAUGAUCGCCGUGCUCAUCUAUAUGCUGCUCGACAUGUCCGCUCUGGAGUACAAGGGUGUGGGCUAUCCCACCUUGGCUCAUGUUUUUGGCUUUUUGCUGGCGGCCUUGGGGCUGGUUCAACUGCCGGCCUGGGCCUUCUAUGCCAUCUAUAAGCAGCGUCGCCAGCCUGGAAGCUUCGGGCAGAAAGUACGUGCCGCCUGCAAACCUUCGGACACUUGGGGACCGGCCAACGUUCAGCUGGAUGCCAGCAUCUAGAAAAUUAGCUAGUUCCCUACACUGCGUAUACGUAAUGGCCUCGGUAGUCUGGGGCAUUAUUAUUUGAUAUGGGCUGGAUGAAAAUGGGUAGAAUAAAGUGAAAUAUAUUAAACGUGGAGCCAAAAACAAAA